UAGUUACAUUUAAUAUUGCAUACUAGUUGCAUUACAGACUAAUUUCUUAUUUUGUUUUGGUGACAACAGGGUCUUCUACCAGCCAUAGAACAAUUGUUCCCUAAUGCAGAACACAGGUUCUGUAUUAGACACAUAUACCAGAACAUGAGGAUCAGAUUUAAGACUACAGAAUACAAGGAGUAUUUUUGGAGGUGUGCUACAGCCACCACCAUACCAGAGUUUGAAGCUGUAAUGGUAGAGCUAAGGAAUUAUGACAUAGAAGCAUAUCAGUGGCUCUUGAAAAUCCCUCCACAUCAUUGGGCUAGAAGUCAUUUUUCAGGAAGGGCAAUUUCAGACAUGUUAUUGAAUAACCUUUGUGAAGUGUUCAAUAGCAAACUUGUUAAAGGGAGAGACAAACCCAUUAUCAGUUGUUUGGAGUUCAUCAGAGAGUACCUUAUGAAGAGAGUAUGCAAUGUGAUGAAGGUGUUAAACAAGUGUCAAGGUCCAUUAACUCCAACUGGUACUAGGAUUUUGGAAUCAAACACAACACUAGCUAGUAAGUAUCAUGCACGAUGGAAUGGGGGACAAAAGUAUCAGGUUAAAGUUCCAUGGAAUGAUCAACAUGUGGUGGACAUGGAGAAAAGGGAGUGUAGUUGUAGAAAGUGGGAGCUUACUGGAAUUCCUUGCAAACAUGCAGUUGCAAGCCUAAAUGAAAUGGCAGACAAUAAUGAAAAGGUGGGAGAACUAUACACCUAUGUGCAUAAGGUGUAUUGGCUUGAUACAUGGAAAGAGAUGUACUCCUUCAAGGUGGAGCCUAUCAAAGGUAGAGCCAUGUGGCCUAAGAGUGACUGCCCAACAACUCUUGUGCCUCCACCACACAACAAAGCUAUAGGCAGGCCAAAAAAGAAAAGAAGGAUUACAGCAGAGGAAAGGAUUGAAAUCCAGCAACGUAAGAGGCAAGCAAACAGUCAAAGUCAAAAUGAUAAUGAAACUCAAUCACUGAGCAGGAAGUUUUUGACUGUGACAUGUAGUAAGUGUAAGCAAAAGGGUCACAAUGCCAGGACCUGCAAGGCCAAAGAUGGGAAUUGAUGUUUAAGUACUUUUUAUGUUUGUGAAGACUUGUUAAUGCACUUUAGUUGCUACUUUGUUGCCUUUUUUUUUAUCCAUUUUGAU